UCAGUUUUCAUUUCACAUAGUGCUACGAUGGAGGCAGUGGCCGCACAGCUCGACGCGUAUGCGCUGGCGCUCUGUCCGUUCUCGUUUGAGCUGCUGCACGCGCACGUCGCGUCGCUCUCCAAGGUCCUCGGCUUCGCGCCCGACCAAUUGCGCUACACGCUGAGCUUGUUUGCAGCGUACCCACUCGCGCUUGCCUUCCGGACGCUGCCGCCGCGAGCCAAGCAUUGGUUUUCCUUCCUCUCGGGCGUCCUCAUGGCGCAGUUCGUGCUCGGGUCGCAGUGGAUCCAUUCGUUCUUAGCGUCGACAAUCACGUACCUCCUCGUCAAGUACGCGCCCGCGGCCCGCGCGCCGAUGCUCGUCUUCCUCUUCAACAUGACGUAUCUCUCACUCUCGCACCUCUACCGCAUCUACGUCGACUACCUCGGGUGGAGCCUCGACUUUACCGGGCCGCAGAUGCUGCUCGUGAUCAAGCUCACGUCGUUUGCGUACAACGUGCUCGAUGGCGCGGCCGCUCCGGCUUUGGACCUCCCGGACAAGGUCGCGCGCGUCCGCAAGACGUAUGCGAUCGCGGCGCUGCCGUCGCUCGUGGAAUUCUACGGCUUUGCGUUCUGCUUCGCCACCUUCCUCGCCGGCCCCGCCUUCGAGUACCGCAGCUACGCCGAUGCGGUCUCGGGCGCGACGUUCAAGCUCGCGCACAAGGCCUCGGCGCUCACGUCGUGCUUUGCUGCGGCGGCCGCCAAGCUCACGAUUGGCGUCAUCUGCAUGGCGAGCAUCGCCAAGUUUGGUGCCACGUUCACGCUCGACGGCGCGUUUGGCGAUGCGUCGGCGCCGCUGCUCUAUCGCGGGUUCGCGAUCUACAUGGCGCUCCUCCUCACGCGCUGCAAGUACUACUGCGCGUGGAAGAUCGCCGAGGGCGCGACCGUGCUCUGCGGCUUUGGCUGCGAAGGGAUUGACGCCAACGGCCGCGUCGUGGGCUGGAAUGCGGUCUCGAACGUCGACAUCCUCGGCUUCGAGCUCGGCCAGAGCAUCCGUGACCUCAGCCGCUCGUGGAACAAGGGCACGCAGGCGUGGCUCGAGCGCUACGUGUACAGCCGCCACGGCAACUCGCUCCUCAUCACGUACUUUGUGUCAGCCUUUUGGCACGGCUUUUACCCGGGCUACUACCUCUUCUUCCUCACGGUGCCGCUUCCGACCGCCGUCAACCGCCUCGCGCGCGCCAAGCUCCGCCCGUACUUUUGCUCGCACGCUGCGACCAAGGCCGUCUAUGACGUGCUCAGCUGGCUCUGUACGGUGGUCGUCAUCAACUACCUCGCUGUCGCGUUCGUGUCCCUCUCGUGGAGCGCAUCCAUUGCGCGCUGGAGCCAAGUCUUUUUCGCGGGCCAUGCCGGGCUUGUUGCGGCCUACGCGAUCCUCGUGGUGCUGCCCAAGCCUGUCAAGCAAAUCUAA